AUGUAUUGUUCCACUGAGGUCUUGGUUCUUCCACCGAUCCCUUACUCUGAACAGAGCUACUGGAAACCCUACAAGCUGCUGGUCAAUGGCUAUGUGGGGAAAGAUGUGGUGUUCAACGAUUCAGCGUAUCUCCACUUCAAUCCCAAAAGCUUGUCCACUUUAAUUCAAACUGACAAGCCUAACUACAUGCCCGGGCAGGUAGUGAAGAUCCGGGCAGUAUCCAUUCAUCCAGAUGGCAGGCCGUACGUGAACCCCAUAGAUAUUUUCAUUAAGGAUCCAAAGCGGAACAUGAUCAAGCAGUGGCUGUCUCUGGACACUGUUUUGGGUGUCGUGUCUAAAGAGCUUCAGCUGUCAGAGAAUCCUCCACUCGGCCUAUGGACCAUUGUAACUGUAGUCAACGACGUUGUCAGUGAAAAACAGUUCAACGUCGCUCAUUACGUGCUCCCUAAGUUUGAGGUGAAGAUAGAUGCUCCCGCAGUUCUAUAUCGUGAUAACAGCCUUUGGGGGACAGUUACAGCCAAAUACAUGUAUGGUAAACCUGUACACGGACACAUGAACAUCACAUACUUGCAUACUUUCCAUGGUAUUGACGUCAGCUAUGAUGAAGAACAAGAGAUUGACGGCACAGCAGAAAUCACGUUCGAUAUCAUCAGUGACUACUGGUGGAUGAAUAAACGAUCAGAAGACUUCAUGUACAAUUAUGAAAAUGAGGAGUUCCUCACCAUAGUUGUCAACGUCACUGAGUCCCUGACUGGACUGACAUAUGGCACCACCAGGAAAGUGACAGUGGUGAAAUCGAAAUAUGCUCUUGCCUUCCAUGGAUAUCCCAAACAAAUAAAACCAGGUCUGAACUUCACUGCUGAGAAAGUUUGGGUUGUUCUGUUGUUCUUGCAGCUGAAAAUAUCAACGUACAACAAGGAGUCCCUGGGGAAGGAGGAAGGGGAAAUAGUGACGGUGACAGUGACACAGCAGAAACAUAGUCCCUGGAGCUGGAACACAGAGAUGCUGCGUCCCCGUUUAGAUCCAGAACCAGACAUGCAGGCCUUUAUGCCUGAUGAGAUACUGGUCCAGGAAAUGGCGUUACCUUUGCCGGCUGAUGGAGUUAUACCCAUUCCCAUUCUGCUCUCACACGAAACAGUCACAGUCACCAUAGAUGCUUCGUUUAAGGAUGGUUUUAAGAUGCUGCAGCUGUACUGCAGCUACACGUCCCCCAGUCGCUCCUACCUUCAGAUCCAGAGUCCUCACACAUCUCCAAAGGUUGGAUCUCCACUCACCCUGCUAAUUCAGAGCAAUUUUGGACUACAAGCGUUCCACUAUAUGGUGAUAUCCAAGGGCCAGGUAGUGUCUGCUGGAAGACGGGCCUCCGCCUCCCUCACCCUGACCCCGGACGAGACCUGGGCUCCCCUGGCCUGUGUGGUCGUCUACUGCAUCCAUCCAGAUGGAGAGGUCAUCAACGAUGCUCUGCACAUUCCCAUCACCCAAGUCUUGAAGAACAAGGUGUCUCUGAGCUGGAGUGAGGCCCGGGUCAAGCCGGCAGAAGGGGUGUCCCUUAAGGUGUCAGUGGCUGAGCCUGGCUCCCUGGUAGGGAUCCUGGUGGUGGACAAGGCUACGCGCUCUUCCCAGUCAAACAACGACAUCACCAGGGAAAUGGUGCUGGAGGAGAUGGACGAGUACAGUAUGAAAGACAUGCUCAACUCUGUGACAACAAUGGGAGAUCCAUAUUCCAUCUUCACGGCAUGUGGCCUCACAGUUCUGACCAAUGCCAAGCUAGAGGAGAUGGAGGACAGCCUAAGACCUGAAUUCCCAGGGGAGGGAUUAAACAUCCUACAGGAGGGAGAAUGGGCGAUGGAGAGGAUACCGCCGCUCCGGACGAACUUCCCUGAGACCUGGCUGUGGCUGGACACCAACAUAAGUCUUUCGAAAACCGCUGAGUUGUUUGUGACUGCGCCAGACAGCAUCACAUCCUGGGUGGCCACAGCCUUCGUCAUGUCUCCCAACUUGGGCCUGGGGAUUGUGGAGACGCCUGUGGAGCUCACAGUGUUCCAGGACUUCUUCCUGUCCCUGAAUCUGCCUGUUUACAUCAUCCGAGGCGAGAUGCUAGUCGUCGAGGUUAUUCUUUUCAACUACCUCAAGCUUGACCUAGAGGUCAUGGUGACUGUUGCUCAGAGUGACACCUUUGAGUUUGUUUUCCCGGACAAUGAGGACUUGUCCACAGCCAGUGUACAGGAGGUGUUGGUUGAGGGGGAGAGUGGACUGUCUGUCCUGUUUCCCAUCAGGCCUUUGGUCCUGGGAUACAUCCCCAUCUCCGUCAAAGCCAUGUCCUUCGUUGCGUCUGACCGCAUCCUCAAGAUGGUUCAGGUCAAGCCGGAGGGACUCGAGCAGUCUUUUUCAGAGACUGUUUUCUUGGAGCUGACGUCACAAGAAGCGAACUUCACCAAGGACAUUUCAUUUACCUUCCCUGCAGAUGUAGUGGAAGGCAGUGAGAGAGUUCAAUUGACAGCUGUCGGUGACAUUCUUGGUCCCUCCAUCACAGGUCUGGAGUCCCUCAUUCAGAUGCCCUAUGGUUGUGGGGAGCAGAACAUGAUCCACUUUGCACCCAAUAUUUACGUCAUCCGCUACCUCAAGACCACAAACCAAGCAGAUCAAGGCACCCUGGACAAAGCCACAUCCUACAUGCUGAAUGGUUAUGAGCGUGAGCUGUCCUACCAGAGGGACGACGGGUCCUUCAGCGCGUUCGGAGAGAGUGACUCCUCUGGAAGCACUUGGCUUUCUGCCUUCGUGCUGAGGUGUUUCCUGCAGGCUCAGCGCUUCAUCUACAUUGACCCCAUGGUGCUCUCUGGCACUGGCUUCUGGCUGGGUGCCCAGCAGCGGUUUGACGGGGCCUUCGUGGAGCCUGGCAGGGUCAUCCACACUGAGCUUCAAGGAGGUCUGGAUGGUCCUGUGUCCCUCACAGCCUAUGUCCUCAUGGCCUUUUUGGAGGAUUGUGACUUCAAGAACACGUAUGCCAGCAAGGUCUCCGGGGGCCUAAUGUUCCUGGAGACCCACUUGGCUCUGGGGGUAUCCAGUAACUACAGUCUGUGUCUGGUCACCUACGCCCUGGCACUGGCCAACAGCAGCAACGCAGACCUGGCGCUGGAUCAGCUGUGGAGACGAGCAGAGAUAAGGGACGGUGUUCCGUUCUGGGCCUCACCAAGCGGGGGCUUGACGGAUUCCUGGCAGCCGCGCACCGUGGACAUCGAGAUGGCCGCCUACGCGCUUCUCUCCAUGCUCCGGCGGGGGAAGAUGUUGGAGGGCUUUCCCCUCAUGAAGUGGCUGAGCCAGCAGAGGAACCAUCUGGGGGGUUACGGCUCCACGCAGGACACGGUGAUAGCUUUGCAGGCCUUGUCUGAGUUUGCAGCCGUCGCUGGGCCUAAAAACAUGGACCUCUGGAUCCGGGUGACUUCGGCACCCUCCUCCACCAUGCUGGCCGACUUUCACAUCCAUCCUGGAAACGACAUGCUCUAUCAGAGCCAAGAGAUGUCAGAACUGGAAGGAGAGAUCCGUCUGCAGGUCACUGCAGAGGGUCAUGGAUUUGCUCUGUUCCAGAUGAACGUGUUCUACAAUCGAGCGAGUCGGGGGUUGUCUCGGAGGAAGCGUCACGCCGAGCACGAAGCCUUCGAUUUGAGCGUCGAGAUGUUCGACAUCGACAUGUACAACGCCCACCUCCAUAUCUGCACCAGUCUGGAGGAGGGUCAGGGUAUUAACCAGACGGGCAUGGCUAUCCUGGAGGUGGGCCUGCUCAGUGGCCUCAGUCUCGCCCAGGAGGGGGUGGAGAUCAACGAUAUCGUCCGAAGAGUGGACACACAGGCGGGCAAAGUCGUCCUCUACUUGGACUCUGUGACGACGGAGGAAAUGUGUGUGGAAAUCCCCCUCGUGGUCGAGCACAAAGUGGUCAAAGUCCAGGAUGCGACUGUUGUCAUCUACGACUAUUAUGAGCCAAGGAGGAUGACGUUGACCACGUACACAUCCCAACUGAGGUCAGACAUGUCUCCAUGCUCCUUCUGUGGAGAGGAUUGCAGUCAGUGUGGGGGUUUUGUCACGUCUGGAAGUGUACCUGUUUCUCACUAUCGCCACCUUGUGGCCAGUCUGACAUGCACUCUCUUUGUCCUGCUGGCCUGUGGCCCAUAAACCAGAUAUCUGUCGAUAGACUCACUGUGUGUGCUAUUUGGUUGUGUGAUAAUAUUAGCAGAAGCCAAAUAAGCAGGUGUGUUAUUUAGCUUGAAUUUGCAUUAUCGAUCAAUGUUUAAUUCUAUGAUUUUGCUUCUUAAAAUGUUUUGGUUUAGUUUCACAAUCAUGCACUGGAAUGUUGUAAAUACCUAAAAAGGUUUUUUGAUUUGACUAGAUUAGAUGAUGAGUUAUGAGCAGAGGCUUAGUAUUAGCAUUUUUGAAUUAUGUUUCUGUUUUAAUUGGCCUGGUAUGAUAUAUUCACUACUAGGAAUCCUGACCUUAUGAAACCAUGGCAACAAGUGAUUGCCAUUGAAGAAAUAGAUGAAUGGCUCAUUCGCUUGCUAAUUCAGUUUUUUUUAAUAUUUUACCACCAAAACAGUAGACUCUCAUUUCAGAAUGAAUCUAGGAUUGCAGAAUUUUGUGCUGAAUGAAUAUAUGCAUUAGAACAUUGAAACACAGAAUAUGGAAUUAGGAAAGGUGAGAUAUUCCAUAGAAUCUUAAAAAGGGCCUAAUGGUCACUUAAGUGAUUCAUACACGUUCACACAACCCACACCUAUUAUUGACACAACCAAAGGCGUUACAAUGAAAACACGAUAG